AUGGAGAGAGAGAAAAGGAAAGAAAAAAAAAAAAGAAAGAAAGAAAGAAAUAUAGAAAGAAAGUCACCAUUAUCAUUAUAUAAAUCAUAAACAAUGCGAGGAAAAGAAAAAGGCUUUUGUGUUCUGUUAGGAAGAAGGGAAAGGAAAAGCUAAAGACAAAUACGAGAGAGAGAGAGAGAGAGAGAGAGAUAAUAGGUUUCUGUUUUGUUGGGGUUGAAGCCUCCCUUCACUCUCUUCUGGCCAUCACUAUCAUUGUCCCAUUUGUACAGCUUUUGUUUUUUUACUCGCUUCCAUUCUCUCUCUUUCUCUCUGUUUCUCUGUUCUCUUUCUGUUUCUUCUUUUGAUUCACUCCCAUUGAAUCUCUCUCGUUCUUUAUCUUUUUUGUAAUCUGGGUUUUGUCGGAAAGGCUCAAUAAUUCGAGUAACAAAAGUUUAAAUUUCAAUAUUGUGGGAAAAGUCUUUCUUUUUUUUUUUCUUUUUCGUUUUGUUUUGUUUUCGGGUUUGUGAUAUCUGUUUCAUCUUCUUUUCUGUGUGUUUCGAGUUGCUUGAUUCACAAUGACUGUGGAGGACAAAAAGUGUGGUUUAGUCAAUGAAGAUAAGUUUCCAGUGGGCAUGAGUAUUUUAGCUGUUGAUGAUGACCCAAUUUGCCUUAAAGUUCUAGAGAAUCUGCUUCGGAAAUGCCAGUAUCAGGUUACAACUACCAAUCAAGCAAUCACAGCUCUGAAAAUGCUUAGAGAAAACAAAAACAAGUAUGAUCUGGUUAUCAGCGAUGUUAAUAUGCCUGACAUGGAUGGCUUUAAGCUACUUGAACUUGUGGGGCUUGAAAUGGACCUACCUGUCAUCAUGUUAUCCGCACAUAGCGACAAGGAGCUUGUAUAUAAGGGGGUUACACAUGGUGCUGUUGACUACUUGCUAAAGCCUGUGAGAAUUGAGGAACUCAAGAACAUAUGGCAACAUGUGAUUAGAAGAAAAAAAUUACAACCUAAGGACCAAAAAAGGUCCCCAAAUCAAGACAAACCUGUUGAUGGAGAAGGAGAAGGUGGACAAGGAGUGUCAUCAAGUGGUAGUGCGGAUCAGAAUGGAAAAGUGAAUAGAAAAAGAAAGGACCAAGAUGAAGACGAGGAAGAAGAGGGUGAGGAGAAUUUACAUGAGAAUGAGGAACCAGGGACUCAGAAGAAGCCCCGAGUUGUCUGGUCUGUGGAGCUGCAUAGGAAGUUUGUUGCAGCUGUUAAUCAAUUGGGUCUUGACAAGGCUGUUCCAAAGAAAAUUCUUGACCUUAUGAAUGUUGAAGGGCUUACAAGGGAAAAUGUGGCAAGCCAUCUGCAGAAAUAUAGGCUUUAUCUGAAAAGAAUCAGUAGCGUAGCAUCCCAGCAAGCCAAUAUGGUUGCUGCAUUUGGGGGUAAAGAUUCCUCUUAUUUACGCAUGGGUUCUCUAGAUGGAUUUGGAGAUUUUCGCACUUUGAGUGGACCGGGGAGGCUUUCAAGCACAUCUAUAUCAUCAUAUUCUCCUGGCGGUAUGCUUGGCAGAUUGAACUCCCCCGCUGGUUUAGCCUUGCGGAGUAUAGCUUCUUCUGGUCUUCUCCAGUCAGGUCAUUCCCAAACCCUUAAUAGUGCUGUUAAUACUCUUGGAAAGCUUCAGCCAUCUCUUUUGCCCGCAAGCCAAGGUGCAAAUUUGCUUCAAGGUGUUCCAUUAUCAAUGGAGCCCAAUCAGCUGCAGGGAAAAUCCAAUACCCACAUUGGAGAGUAUAAUCACAAUGAUGAUACAGCAGGCUUUACACUUGCAACUAGCUUCUCAGAUGCCAGAGUGACUAUUGGAAGCUUGAAUAAUACUGUGCCCAGUCCCGCAAGUAACCCUCUGAUGCUACAAGUGAACCCUCAACAAAGUCAGAGUAGGGGAGCAUUUGCAACUCAAUCUUCUCUAAGUGUGCCUUCAUUGUAUCAGGAAUCUUUUGAUGUUGGUGUCCAUGGUUCUUCGAAUUUUCUGGAUCAUAGUAGAUGUACUGAAAACUGGCAGGGUGCAGUUCAAUUGUCCAAAUUUCAAACAAAUUCUUUGCCUUUGAGUGAACCAUUCAGUCAUGAUCCAUUAUCCAGUAGUAACUUGAGAGGCAAUAUAUCAUCCACCAGCUCCCAGAUAGGUAACAGCCCGAAUGAUUUUUCUUCUUCUAGUGUGCUUGCCACACCUUUAGAUUCCAGAGUAGACAUGGAAGGGCAAACAGACUUGAUUGGUAAUAUUGUGCAGAAUAUGAGUUACAAUUCAAGGCAGAGGUGGGAAGAACAUAGCCAGGAUUAUAAUCCAAACCUAAAUAACUCAUUCAGCACCAUAAACACAAUGGUUUCUGGCAAUGGUGGUGUGGGUUCAUUGAGCCAUAGUAUGGACCAAAGAAAGAAGUUUGAUAUGCCUUUGGCUGGCCAAUUAAACAGUGUAACUCCAUGUAUUUUCCAGCAUGCUGAGGCUGAGAAAUCUGCCUUUGACCCGAAAAUGAGGCCCAAUGAGAACUAUCUUUUGGAGCAGACAAAGUCUCAGAAUGGUUUUGCUCAAAAUAACUAUGAUUCUUUGGAUGAUAUAAUGAAUGCGAUGAUCAAACGGCAGGAGCAAAACGAGUCGAUGCUAAUGGAUGGAGAGUUUGGAUUUGAUGCCUACUCCCUUGGAUCAUGUUUGUGAGACUUUGCUAUAGCUGAUUUGUAGAGAAACAGGGCAGCCAAAAUCCCAAGUCCAUUCUUCUUCUGGAGGAAUUUGUACCAUCUUGUAAUCUAUUAUGAAUUUAUUUUUUCUUUUAACCCCAUCUUCCCUUUUCCUGCCCUCAUUCCCAUAUACUUUCUUCUUGCCCUUUCUUUGUUAUUUCUCUGUUGCUAUAGUUAAUUCUUGCUUAAGAUUUGAUAGCAUAAUUCCUAGUUUCUUAAUUUUUUUCUUAA